UUGCUCCAGUCGUGGGAGAAGAAGAGUAAGCGGAUUCAUCAAUUCCAGGUACUCCAUCCUUUGAAGCAGAAAUGGACAUAUUGGUAUUUGAAUGAUGAUCGUCAGGCUUGUUGGGAAGACCGUCUCAAACCUGUUUGUACGUUCAGCACUGUUGAGGAAUUCUGGGCGCUCUACAACAACAUCCGACCCCCCUCUGGGUUGAACUGUUUGUGUGACUACAACGUGUUUAAGUAUGGCAUCCAACCAAUGUGGGAAGUACCGGAAAAUCGCAAGGGAGGGCGAUGGCUCAUCACGAUUGAGAAAGGACGACCAGGAGAGAUAAUGGAUUUGAUUUGGUUGGAAAUUUUGAUCGCAAUGAUUGGCGAACAAUUUGGUGAUGAUAUGGAACUGAUUUGUGGUUUGGUUUGCAAUGUCCGCGGCAAAGGGAGCAAGAUCAGUAUGUGGACAAAAGAUUGGAGCGCAGAAGAAGGAAAUAUGAGAAUCGGACAAGUUCUGAAGAAUAAGCUUCUUGGAGCUGAAGUACCUGCGGGGUGCACGACACCGCUUUUCGACUGGUUAAAGUAUGAAGAUCACGACAGCUGUCAGAAAAAGAGUGGAAGUACUGUUAAGGUAAGCGCUUUAGUAUUUAGUCUUCAUCCAUUUCAUUUGAUGUAA